ACUCAUUGGCUAGACUCUCUUCUUCUUUUUUUCCCCAAACAUCUUAUAUAAAUAAUUUCUGAUGUGGUUUUGUUCUUUUCUAGCCAACAUUUCUGUUACAGAGAUUUCAAACUCUAACAUAGUAGUAGAGACAUCUUUUGAUGAAACUCAGAUGUUGAUUAAACUAACGCCUAAAAUGCAGUUGUACAUCAUAGCUGGAGUAUCUGCUAUGGCAAAACUGAAAGGUCUUUGUGGCAAUUUUAACUAUAAGGAAAUUGAUGAUUUUGAAGGAUCUGGAGGUCUGGUAGAAGCAACAGCAUCAGCCUUUGCCAACACCUGGAAAGCCCACCCUGGUUGCCUGGACAAGACAGACUGGCUAGAUGAUCCAUGUCACAUCAACCUUGAGAAAUAUCAGUAUGCUGAAUAUUGGUGUUCUUUACUUGAAAAAACAAACAGUCCCUUUUCCUCCUGCUAUGGCAUAUUAAACCCUUCAGACUAUGCUAAGAGGUGCCGCUACCAUACUUGUAACUGCAAGAACAGUGAGGUCUGCAUGUGUGCAGCUUUGUCCUCUUAUGCCACUGCUUGUGCAAUAAAAGGAAUUAUUCUGAAAGACUGGAGAAAGGGCAUCUGUGAUAAAUAUAUAACAGCUUGUGCACCAUCCCAGAUCUACUUAUAUAGCCUCACAACAUGCCCACCAAAAUGCCAAUUUCUGGAAGAGGAAGAAGUCUGUGUCCCAAAGUCCCUUCCCAUUGAUGGUUGUGGGUGCAAAGAUGGAGAGUACCUGAAUGAAAAUGAAGAAUGUGUACACAUAUCACUGUGCUCAUGCUACUACAGUGGCAUGUACCUUAAACCAAACGAAAUUAUCUACAAACAAAAUGAACGCUGCAUUUGUCAUGAUGGAAAGCUUUUCUGCACAGCUCAUCUUGAAGAAUCUUGCCCAGAAGGGAAGACCUAUAUGAACUGCUCCAUUACUCCAAAUUCUGUUGCAGCAAAGCACAGAGCCUGCCAGACCCUAAAUACAGAAUAUUUCAUGAAAGAGUGUAUCUCAGGGUGUGUAUGUCCCGAAGGCCUUCUAGAUGAUGGGAAAGGGUCAUGUGUUCCAGAAGAGAAAUGCUCCUGUGUUCAUGAUAAACAGUUUCUCCCUGAUGGAUCUCUGAUUAAUGUAGACUGCAAUACAUGCGUAUGUAAGGGGGGACAGUGGAUUUGCUCUGAUCAUUCAUGUUAUGGAACAUGUACAUCGUAUUCAGAUGGUCAUUACAUCACGUUUGAUGGAAAAAUGUAUGAUUUUCAGGGAAAAUGUGAAUAUGUGGUUGCCCAGGACUACUGCGGACAUGAGCCUACCAAUGGCACAUUUAGCAUCACUACAGAGAGUGUUCCUUGUGGAUCAAAUGGAAUUGCAUGCUCAAAAGCAAUAAAGAUUUUCAUAGGGAGUACAGAGCUUAAACUGGAAGAAAAGGAGAUGAAAGUAAUUCAGGGGACACCUGAUGACCAUCUCCGUUAUCAAGCCCAUGUGCAUGGCAAUUAUCUUGUUAUCUUAAUAAGGAACGGGAUCUACUUAAUUUGGGAUAAGAAAACUACCAUAUUUAUUAGAGCAUCACCGGAAUACAAGGGAAAACUCUGUGGUCUUUGUGGAAACUUUGAUGACAAAUCCAGCAAUGACUUUACAAUAAACAAUAUACUACAUGUUACUAAUAUAAUAGAGUUUGGAAACAUAUGGAAGGUCAAUCCAGCUUGUCCCGAUGUUAUUGAUAACAUUGACCCUUGCACUUUGACCCUGCAUCGCAGGUCUUGGGCAGAGAAAAAAUGCAGUAUAAUAAAGAGUGAUGUGUUUAAAAGCUGUCACAGAAAGGUGGAUCCAACACCCUUUUUUGAAAAUUGUGUCAAUGAUGCCUGCUUCUGUGAUGUUGAUGGUGAUUGCGAGUGCUUCUGUUCUGCGGUGGCUGUAUAUUCCCAUGAGUGCAUCAAGGCAGAAGUCUGUAUCUACUGGAGAACACCAGAUAUUUGUCCCAUAUUUUGUGAUUACUACAAUCCUAAUGAAGUGUGCGAGUGGCAUUAUUACCCAUGUGGCAAUCACACUAUACAAACUUGUUCCUCUGUGGAUAUGGUUGAUGUAAAUAUCACAUUCAGUUACUUAGAAGGCUGCUAUCCAUCAUGUCCCCCUACAAAGCCUUAUUUUGAUGACAUACUGGGAAUAUGUGUUAAUGAGUGUGGAUGCUAUGUCAACAGCAUUCAUUAUGAGUAUAAUGAAAAAGUGCCCUCUGAAUAUCCAUGUCAGGAAUGCUAUUGCAAGGGAAAUGGAAAUGUAAACUGCCUGAACAGUACAGACUGUUCCACCCCUGCUCCAGAAACUUCAACAGGGACAAGUACCACAUUGCCUGUUCGAGCUGUUACAGAUUAUUGUGUAUGCUGGAUGACAGACUGGAUAAAUACACAAAAUGUGACAGCAGGACCCGAGGGUGGGGAUUUUGAGGAAUAUGAGAAAAGUUCAGAUGGUCACAAUAUCUACUGUGGUGCAUAUGGGACAGCUGUAGACAUAACCUGCAGAGCAGUAAAUUAUCCUAAUGCCACAGUGCAGGAACUUAUAUCAGAGGGACAAAAUCUGUUCUGUGAUGUCAACAGCGGGCUUGUUUGCUACAACUCUAACCAGACCUGUUACGACUAUGAGAUUCAGCUGAAGUGUUGUGAUAUAGACUGCCCAACCACUUCAAGUCCAGAGACUACACCUCCUGCGGCCACAAUGGAAACUACCACUCCUGAGACUAUAACGGAAACUACCACUCCUGAGACCAUAACAGAAACUACCACUCCUGAGACUACAACGGAAUCUACUACUCCUGAGACUACAACGGAAACUACCACUCCUGAGACCACAACAGAAACUACGACUCUUGAGACUACAACGGAAUCUACAACUCCUGAGACUACAACGGAAACUACCACUCCUGAGACCACAACAGAAACUACGACUCUUGAGACUACAACGGAAACUACCACUCCUGAGACUACAACGGAAACUACCACUCCUGAGACUGCAACGGAAUCUACUACUCCUGAGACUACAACGGAAACUACCACUCCUGAGACCACAACAGAAACUACAACUCUUGAGACUACUACGGAAACUACGACUCCUGAGACUACAACGGAAACUACCACUCCUGAGACUACAAUGGAAACUACCACUCCUGAGAACACAACAAAAACUACGACUCCUGAGAAUACAACGGAAACUACCACUCCUGAGACUACAACGGAAACUACCACUCCUGAGACUGCAACGGAAUCUACUACUCCUGAGACUACAACGGAAACUACGACUCCUGAGACCACAACAGAAACUACGACUCUUGAGACUACUACGGAAACUACGACUCCUGAGACUACAACGGAAACUACCACUCCUGAGACUACAAUGGAAACUACCACUCCUGAGACCACAACAGAAACUACGACUCUUGAGAAUACAAUGGAAACUACCACUCCUGAGACUACAACGGAAACUACCACUCCUGAGACCACAACAGAAACUACGACUCUUGAGACUACAACGGAAACUACGACUCCUGAGACUACAACGGAAACUACCACUCCUGAGACCACAACAGAAACUACGACUCUUGAGACUACAACGGAAACUACGACUCCUGAGACUACAACGGAAACUACCACUCCUGAGACUACAACAGAAAGUACCACUCCUGAGACCACAACAGAAAGUACCACUCCAGAGACCACAACAGAAACUACCACUCCUGAGACUACAACGGAAACUACCACUCCUGAGACCACAACAGAAACUACGACUCUUGAGACUACUACGGAAACUACGACUCCUGAGACUACAACGGAAACUACCACUCCUGAGACUACAAUGGAAACUACCACUCAUGAGAACACAACAGAAACUACGACUCCUGAGAAUACAAUGGAAACUACCACUCCUGAGACUACAACGGAAACUACCACUCCUGAGACCACAACAGAAACUACGACUCUUGAGAAUACAAUGGAAACUACCACUCCUGAGACUACAACGGAAACUACCACUCCUGAGACCACAACAGAAACUACGACUCUUGAGACUACUACGGAAACUACGACUCCUGAGACUACAACGGAAACUACCACUCCUGAGACUACAACAGAAAGUACCACUCCUGAGACCACAACAGAAAGUACCACUCCAGAGACCACAACAGAAACUACCACUCCUGAGACUACAACGGAAACUACUACUCCUGAGACUACAACAGAAACCACCACUCCUGAGACUACAACAGAAACUACUAUUCCUGAGAGUGCAACAGUAACCUGCAUUAUGCUAUCUCCAACAACAGCACCAACAACCUCUUUCUCCACAAUGUGCUAUUGCAUGUAUGGAGGAAUACUUUAUAAUCCAGGCAUGACAAUAACAUCUUCUAAUACUCCUGAAGGGUGCCAAGUUCUCUUCUGCUCUAAAGAAUGUAAUAUAAUAUCUGAGAAUUUUAAUCAUCAGUGCCCUACAACCUUACCAACUUCAAUAAUCACUUUGACUUCCCAUAUACCAGAAAUUUCAACAACGUUUCCACCUUCAACACCAGGCAUGUGCACCUUUGACCCUCCUCGGCAACAGUAUAAUGAAACAUGGAUGUUCAGUGACUGCAUGAUGGCCAGAUGUAUAGAAAACAACAUUAUCGAAAUCAUCCCCAAAAAGUGUGACCCACCAUCUGAUAUUAUAUGUGCCAAUGGGUUUCCCCAAAUAAAUGUGACUGAUGAUGAUGGUUGUUGUUGGCACUGGGAAUGUCCAUGUGUGUGCCUAGGUUUUGGAGAUUCUCAUUAUUUUACCUUUGAUGGCACGCAUUAUGACUUCCGAGGUGAAUGUACCUAUGUUCUAGUUGAAGAGAUUACUAAGGAAACAGACAACUUUGGUGUCUAUGUAGACAAUUAUUACUGUAGAAAUCAUGGCAAUUGUACACGUAAGAUUAUCAUUCAUUAUGGAACUCAGGAAAUUGAGAUUAUGCAGAAACACUUGGAAUCUUCCAUGUUACAGGUGAUGGUAAACGAAGAAGCUGUGAGGAUUCCAUAUAAGAAUCUUGGGGUGAAUAUUUCAAGAUCUGAAACUGGCUGUCUAGUUGAAAUAACUGACUUAGAUGUUGAGAUAACGCUUCUCGAUGAUGCCUUUAUUUUGCACCUGCCCUAUGGCUAUUUUAGGAAUAACACACAAGGACUCUGUGGUACCUGCAGCAACAAUAAAGAUGAUGAUGGAAUGCUGAAAAAUGGUUCUAUAACACAGAACUUUUCAACCAUGGCUAAAUCUUGGAUAGUUCUAGAUCCCAAUAAUCCUGAAUGUGGUAGCACAGAGACGACAACAAUAUAUCCUCCAGUGACACCUUCAGUCUGUAGUCCUUCACCACUUUGUGAACUCAUCAAAGGACCACAAAAUAACAAAUACUUGACAGAAGGAUGCUUUUGUCCCAAUGGAACAAUGCAGUUUAGUCCGAUUUCUAAUAUUUGUGUUGAAAACUGUGGAUGUAUUGGGCCAGACAAUCUACCAAGAAAGUUUGGAGAAAUAUUUGAAUUCAAUUGCCAAGAUUGCAUCUGUCAAGAAGAUGGCUUUGGAAUUUAUUGUGAAAAAAAAAUAUGUCCAGCAGUAAAAACAGAUCCUUGUAGUUUGGAAGGUUUCCAACCUGUGACACAAAUCAACCCUAAUAAUCCAUGCUGUAAAGAGACCAUUUGCAUGUGUAAAAUCAGCCUGUGCCCAAAAUCCUUGUUAAAAUGUGAGACUGCUUAUGAAGUUGUGGGUGAAUAUGUUGAAGGAGACUGCUGUCCUCGUUAUACAUGUGUGUGCAACACAAAUCUGUGCCCGACCAUAUUUCUAGACUGUAUCAUUGGCUAUGAAGUUGUACAUGAAUAUGUCAGUGGGCGCUGCUGCCCGCAUUAUAAAUGUGUGUGUAACAUCAGCCUGUGCCCAAAACCAUUACUCAAAUGUGAGACUGGUUAUGAAGUUGUAGGUGAAUAUAUCGAGGGGCACUGCUGUCCUCGUUAUAAAUGUGUGUGUAACAUCAGCCUGUGCCCAAAACCGUUGCUCAAUUGUGAAACUGGUUAUGAAGUUGUGGGUGAAUAUGUCGAGGGGUACUUCUGUCCUCGUUAUAAAUGUGCUCACAAAAAGGUUUGUGUGUAUAGAAAUGCUGAAUACCAGGGUUACAACCUUAGGAAGGACCCAGGACAGUGUUGUGGAGUGUGCGAACAAACACAUUGCAUUUUGAAAAAUGAGGAUUCAGUUGAGCUCCUAAAUCCAGGGGACACUCGACCUUUGAAGAAUGAUAAUUGUACAUUAUACAAAUGCACUAAAGAAAACAAUCAGUUAAUCCAUUUUGUCUACAAGAUUUCCUGUCCACUAUUUUUUGAAGAAGAUUGUGAACCUCUAAAACAGGUUCUGAUUGUUAUUGAGACAAGAAAUUAG